AUGCGCGUCUGUCACUUCACUCUGGUUGCCACGGCCAUCAUCCUGGCUGCCGCUUCGGCGAACUCAGCCCAAGACGAAAUAUCGACGGCAUUUGACGGCGAGAAGCGCAACCUGAGAAGCCAAAACCUGCUUGAGUGGCCGGAGCGCCUUGAGGAGUAUGUCGAGCACCACAACCACAUCCGAGAAAUCUUCACAAGGUGGUGUCUGGAAGAUAAGAAGCCCGAGGAGGUGAUGAAGGCGGCAGAAACCGAAAACGAAAAGAAGGCUGCGGCGCUCUUCAAGAGAUACAAAUUGCUACGCUCGCAGCAUGGAAGAAGACUGUUCGUGCUGGAGUGCAAUGUGUAA